AUGGGCGCUGAGGCGGGCGGGCCGCGGGGCACCGCGCCGGGCCAGCAGCUCCGCGCCCUCUUCUACGCGCUGGCGCCCGGAGAGAGCUCCUUCCGCACGGUGGAGGAGGUGCCCGACUACGUAGAGAAGAGUAUUCCAUUCUUCAUUACUUUCAUUGGCCUGGAGUUUGCUGUCAGCUGGAUUCAGAAGCGUAAGCUGCCGGGUCGGAUCAACGAUGGGAUAAGUUCUCUUUCCUUGGGUAUCCUGUCACGACUACCAGAUGUUUUAUUCAGAAGUAUUGAGUUAAUUAGUUACAUAUACGUAUGGAAUAACUACAGACUCUUUGAACUGCCCUGGGACUCUCCAUGGACAUGGUAUUUGACACUUCUGGGAGUGGACUUUGCAUACUACUGCUUUCAUCGCAUGAGCCAUGAGGUUAAUAUACUGUGGGCUGCGCACCAAGUACACCAUAGUUCAGAAGAUUACAACUUAUUCACAGCCUUGAGACAAUCUGUACUGCAGAAAUACACCUCCUGGAUAUUCAACUUGCCCAUGGCUCUUUUCAUUCCCCCUUCGGUGUUUGCUGUUCAUUUACAGUUUAAUCUGCUUUACCAGUUUUGGAUACAUACAGAGGUUAUCACCAAACUUGGGCCUCUGGAAUGGAUACUUAAUACUCCCAGUCAUCACAGAGUUCAUCAUGGUAGAAAUCCUUACUGCAUUGACAAAAAUUAUGGUGGCACACUCAUUAUCUGGGACAGGAUAUUUGGAACAUUUGAGGCCGAAGAUGCAAAAGUUGUAUAUGGCUUAACACAUCCAGUAAAUUCAUUUGAUCCCAUCAUGCUCCAGUUACGUCCCUUGGCUCAUAUUUGGAACACGUUUUGGGCCGCACCUGGAUUCUGCAAUAAGCUUUCUGUCAUAUUCAAAGGGCCAGGCUGGGGACCAGGCAAACCUAGACUUGGCCUUCCUGAGGAAAUCCCAGUGAUCACUGGAAAAGAAGUUCCCUACAACCCACAUGUACCAGUUUAUCUUAAUUGCUAUGCACUUGUACAUUUUGCUGUAAUAGUGGACUUGUACAUUGAACUUCUUGCUUCUAUGACUAUGUUGUCACAGGGAACAGUUCUCGUGAGAAUUGGCUUUAUCAUUCUGUCCCUGGCAUCUUUUGGACUACUUAUGGAGAACAAGUCCAAAGCAGGAAUUUUGGAAGUCAUCCGCUGUUUAGUCUUCAUAGGUGCUUACAAACUUGGCUACUUCAGGAGUCAUUUUUCCUUCUUGGGCUAUGCAUAUGAGGUCUUGUUUUCCCUCUCUGCUGCAUUCUGGGGAAUCCAAAUUAUGAAGCGGAUCACUUCAUUCAAAGAUAAACACAACUGA